CUCCGCGCCGGAAGUCACCACUGCUUCCGCAGGGGCGCGCGGAAGUAUUCAGUGCGCAGGCACACGGAGCCGUGGAUUAUGGCCACUUCCUCGGUGUCCAAGGGCUGUUUUGUAUUUAAACCAGACUUCAAGAAGAGAAAGAUCUCUGUGCCAAUCGAAGAUUAUUUUAAUAAUGAGAAAUUUGAGUCUGAGGAUAGUAAACUUCGAUUUGAAACGUAUCACUUGCUAUGGCAACGGAUGAAAUCUGAAACAGAGCAAUUACAGGAGGAAUUAAAUAAAAACCUGUUUGAUAACCUAAUUGAAUUUCUGCACAAGUCCCAUUCUGAUUUCCAGAAAAAUUCAAGAAACUGGGGCUGUCAAAUGAAACUCAGAGAAAUUCCAACCGCUGCUCUUACUCUUGGUGUGAAUGUCACAGAUCAUGAUUUAAUAUUCAGAAGUCUAACAGAGACUCUUCAGAAUAAUGUCACACCAUAUGUAGUCUCAUUGCAAGCUAAGGAUUGUCCAGAUGUGAAACAUUUUUUACAAAAGUUGACCUCACAGUUGAUGAACUGCUGUGUAGAUGAAAAAUCCAAAGAGAUGAAAAGUGUUAAGACCUCCAAAACGACAAACUAUUCAAUGGACUCACUUUCCAGCUGGUACAUGACUGCCACACAGACGACAGGCCCCAAACUGACAAGCAAAAAGAGGACGACUUGUAGCCAGUGGCAGUGUCCUCCUGUUGUGCUUAUCCUGAAGAACAUGGAGAGCUUCAGCACGAAAGUCCUCCAGGACUUCAUAAUUAUCAGCAGUCAGCAUCUGCAUGAAUUUCCACUAGUUCUCAUUUUUGGAAUCGCCACUUCUCCGGUUAUUAUCCAUCGACUGCUUCCUCAUGCAGUGUCAUCUCUGCUGUGCAUAGAGCUGUUCCAGUCUCUGCCUUCCAAGGAGCACCUGACAGUGAUUCUUGAUAAGCUGCUUCUUACAGCUCAAUUUCCUUUUAAAAUAAGUAAAAAGGCGUUACAGGUUCUGACCAACAUCUUUUUAUAUCAUGAUUUCUCCAUUCGAAACUUCAUCAAAGGACUUAAGCUUUCUCUACUAGAACAUUUUUAUUUGCAACCCCUGAGUGUUCUGUGCUGUGAUCUCCAAGAAGCCAAGAAAAGAGUAAAAUUUUUCUCAGUUAAUCAAUGUGAAAACAUCCGGCGCCUUCCAUCAUUUAGGAGGUACGUGGAAAAACAAGCUUCAGAAAAGCAAGUUGCACUAUUGACCAAUGAGACAGUUUUAAAGGAAGAAACUCAAUUAUUACUGGAAAACUUGCAUGUUUAUCAUAUGAAUUACUUCCUUGUUUUGAGAUGUCUUCAUAAUUUUACCUCUUGUCUUCCCAAGUAUCCACUGGGUCGGCAGAUGAGGGAGCUAUAUUGCACAUGUCUGGAAGAUAAUGUAUGGGAUUCCGAGGAGUACACGUCAGCCUUGCAGCUGCUGAGAAUGCUGGCAAAGGACGAACUGAUGAGCACACUUGAGAAAUGCUGUGAGGUUUUGAGUUCCUGUACUGAAAAGCAGCUUGGCAGCACAACACAAAAAAUAAAGGAUUUCCUGAGCCAGUUUCAGAACCUUGAUGGUUUUGUAUUCAAAGCAGAUAGCAAAGAGGAAGAGGAUGCUUGUGGAUCACAGCCAAAGGGGCUGCAGAAAACAGACCUCUAUCACCUUCAGAAGUCCUUAUUGGAAAUGAAGGAAUUAAGGAGAACAACUAAGAAGCAAACCAAGUUUGAAAUACUCAGAGAAAAUGUUGUGAACUUCAUCGAUAACCUGGUGAGAGUUUACCUUCUGCCUCCUGAGAGCCAGCCUUUGCAUGAGGUAGUAUACUUCAGUGCUGCCCACACACUCCGUGAGCACUUAAAUGCUGCUCCACGAAUCGCCCUCCACACCGCACUCAACAAUCCUUAUUAUUAUCUUAAGAAUGAAGCACUGAAAAGUGAGGAAGGCUGCAUUCCAAAUAUUGCCCCCGACAUCUGUAUAGCAUAUAAACUGCACCUGGAGUGUGGCCGGCUAAUUAACCUUGUCGACUGGUCAGAGGCUUUUGCAACAGUUGUGACAGCUGCUGAAAAAAUGGAUGCAAAGUCUACAAGCUCAGAAGAAAUGAGUGACAUAAUCCAUGCCCGAUUUGUUAGAGCUGUUUCUGAACUAGAGCUCUUGGGCUUUAUAAAGCCUACAAGACAGAAGACUGACCAUGUGGCCAGGCUGACAUGGGGGGGCUGCUAAGAAGAAGUAAGUGAAGACAGGUGUUCCACAUCUGACGUAAGGUGAAAAAGAAACCUGGCAUAUAACACGCUACCAGAAGAAACUACUGCUGAGCUGAGUUUAACCAAAAAGUGCACUGCUAACCUGAAAUCAGUGCAUCAAAACGUCUUUGUAGUACUUCAACUAUGAUCAACAAAUGCACAAAUGACUAAAAGCUUUUACAAAAUGCAACUAUACUUGCUACAGUUAUUACUAAAUUCUAAACAAAGCAUUGAGUGUAUAGUGUAUAAGUCACACACUUUCUUAUCCAGAGUAAGUUACUUACACUUAGCAAUACUCAUGCCUUUCUCCAGAUACUUGCACUCCUCACACUAUGCGUAUUGUAUAAAAUGAAAAACAGGUGUUUUUCUUGCUGUUUGGCUUUAUAUUUAAUGUCAGAAAAUAUUCACAUGAACAGUUGAAGAGACCCACAGCACAGCCAGUAAAGGCCUUCACAAAGUGCACCCAAGCUUACAAAACUCGGAAAUAUAACUCUUUAAAAAGCCUUCACAGCUGGUGGUGCUGGUGCAUGCUGUUAGUCCCAGCACUUGGGAGGCAGAGGCAGAUGGAUCUCUGUGAGUUCGAGGACAACCUGGCCUAUAAGAGCUAGUUCCAGAACAGGCUCCAAAGCUACAGUAAAACCCCAUCUCAAAAACAAACAAACAGAAAACCUGAAGUUAGAGUCAGCUGUUGAUUCCCACAGAUGUGGGUGCUGGGAACUAAACUCAGGCCUGCUCUGAGAGCAAAAUUCAUCUUAAUCCCUCAACACAGAUGUAUGUAUCCAAGAUAAAACUGAGAAACCAACUCCCCAGGCUGGCUUCACUGUUGGGCAACCCAGGCCUGCUUGCCUGCCUCAAGCUUAUGAUCUCCAAGUACUGACAUUAUAAAGAAAGGCAUUUACCAUUAUGCCUAGAUCAGAAAAUAUUUCUGAUUUUUCUGUAAAAUACAGAGGCUGGUCUUAACACUGUUAACACUGGCACAUGUUCUUUUCCUAGGUAUUUACAUUUGUACAUGCCAUAUGCAUGUUGAUUUUUCUCUGCCAUCUAAGAUUAGGAGCAGCACAACAGAAACUGUUCUCAUAAUAUCAAAAAUAUUUGUCAUACUAAACCCUUAAAAUGUGCAAUAAUUACUUGAUGUUCUCUAAAAUUCAGCCCUUAGUUGAGGAAAACUGAAACCUCAACAAGCUUAGAAUUAGGGCAUUCAUUCUGAUUAUUUUUCUUUUGUUUCUAAUGAAAGACUAACCUGAAAUCUUAAAGUAGUUUGUUAAAAAAAUAUCAAGCAUGUGCUGUGUAUCUCCUACUUCCGAGAUCCUUGUCUUCCUUGUACUUUAGCAAGUAGAACACUACUUGAGGUAGAAAACAAGUAACAAUGGGGUAAGAAGUAGGCUUGUCAUUGUAAUCUUAAAGAAUGGUCAGAGCAAAUCUCACUUGAGCAAAACUACAGAGUCAACAAAAAAAAAAAAACCUACCCACCCAACCCAUGAAAGUGAUGAG